AUUGAAAGCCUGAUGGCGUGCGAGCGACGCCGUGCCGGUUUGCCAUUGACCGACGAACGUGAAUAUUAUGAAGCUGCCCACUCUCUAAUUACCAUGCCAUCUAAAAAAUACCAUUGAGUCAGUCUUUCUUUCGUUUGCCAUGCCUCGUGGAAAGAGAAACCGUGCGGAAGAGACAACACCGUCGGUCGCGAAGCGGCUGCGAAGCUCGAGCAAUGGUGAGGCGGGGCAGGAAACCUCCAGCGUGGAGCCGCAAAACGGACAUCAGAAAAAGCAAAUCCUGCUCAAUGCCUUCGACAUGUCGACCGUGGGCCACCUGAGCCCAGGGCAGUGGAAGAAUCCGAACGACCGCUCGGCCAACAAGCGCGACCUUCAGUACUGGAUCGACCUCGCAAAGAUCCUGGAACGAGGAGGCAUCAAUGCCCUCUUUCUCGCUGAUACGUACGGCGGGUACGAUACCUACGAGGGGAGUCUGGAUAAUUGUAUCAGGAGGGCGGCACAAUGGCCAGUGACGGACCCAACGAUUCCCAUAAGCGCGAUGGCAGCCGUUACGAAGAACUUGGCCUUCGGCAUUACUGCGAGUACGUCAUUUGAACCGCCAUUUCUACUCGCAAAGCGCUUCUCAACUCUUGAUCACCUCACCCGAGGCCGAAUUGGAUGGAAUAUUGUUACCUCGUGGAAGAAGAGCGCGUUUAAGGCCAUCGGAAUCGAUACCCCCAUAGACCAUGACCAAAGAUACGCGCAGGCGGACGAGUAUUUGCGCGUCCUCUAUAAGCUAUGGGAAGGCUCCUGGAGCAAAGACGCAAUCAUCAAGGACGUAGCAAAUGACUCCUACAUUGACCCGGAUAAGGUGCGGCAGAUUAACCACCACGGCCAGUUUUUCAACUUAGAGUCAAGGCACAUCGUGGACCCUUCUCCUCAAAGAACCCCGUUCCUGUUUCAGGCGGGGACUUCCCCAGCCGGGUCAGCAUUUGCCUCCAAGCAUGCCGAAGCAAUAUUCGUGACAGGUCACGACCCUUCUGUCAUUGCCCCCAAAAUUGCCAACAUCCGCCGCCUUGCCAAGGACGAAGGCCGCGACCCAGCCUCCUUGAAGUUCUUUUGCACAUUUACUCCCAUUAUCGGCCGUACCGACGAGGAGGCUCAGGAAAAACUAGCAGAAGUAAAGAAAUACGCAUCAACAAUCGGGGGCCUCGUGUUGGUAAGUGGGUGGACAGGGAUAGACCUCUCAAAGUUGCCGCUGGGCAAGGAAAUCACCAAAGAGGAUUCAUUAGAAGCACACAAAGUUACGUCGGCUUUGAGUGCAUUCACUACAACAAGCAAAAAUAUCCCAAAAUGGACCCCUGAAGUUGUAGCAGAGAUGGCAUCAAUAGGUGGCCUAGGUCCUGUCUCUAUUGGGUCGCCCUCAACUGUCGCAGAUGAACUCGAGCGUUGGGUGGCUGAAGCAGAUGUUGAUGGUUUCAAUCUUGGCUACGUGACUACGCCAGGGACAUUCGAAGACGUGGUAGAUCUAUUGGUCCCUGAGUUGCGUAGACGUGGCAUCUACCCCCAGGAGUCAAAUGAUGGCUUGACGGCCCGGGAGAAGGUUUAUGGGUCGGGACAGGCUCAUUUGAGGAGUGACCAUACGGGAAGCGCAUACAAGUAUGACGUGUACAAAGAAGAUCCGCCGUACGUUAAGGACGCAUCGGAGAAGGCAGGACUCAAUGGAAAUGGUAAUGGUCGAUCUAAAGCAGUAUAGGACGGACCAUGAUAAUCAUAAAAUAUGCACUGCAAUAUAAAAUGUUG